GACACGCCUAUCGGCAUCGUCAAUGCACGUUCGGCCGUGUUUUUCUGUUCCGUGUUCGUCCAUGUCAGGCGCAAUUUUGCGAGGUGUUUUUUGAUUGAGGUUUCGCUGUAUUCGGGCAAAUUUGUUGCUGGUCUUGGAAACCGGGCUGCGCCCAACUCCGUGCUAUCUCUAUGGAGUUUACCUACGACUUGGAACGGCAACUUAUAGCUAUGGUAGAGGAGAGGAAAUGCUUGUGGUAUGCGAAGGAUGAGAACUACCAUCGGAAACAGACGAAAGAGAACGCAUUCCGUGACAUUGCGGAUAAGCUUGAUCCGAAAUGCACAGUUGCAGCUGUCAAGAACCGUUGGGCAAAUCUACGUUCCCAGUUCCAGCGCGAGCUGCGUAAGAUAAGGGAAUCUCUGCAGUCGGCAAACAACCCGUCGGAGCUGUAUGUACCCAAAUGGGGCCAUUUCCAGCGUCUUCAGUUCCUGAGGCCGUCGAGUGACGAAGUAUUGGCCGAUUUUGCCUCUGCCUUGGAACGUCGUGCCCUCUCUGCUUUACCUGAAAAUGGGAAGGAGCCAACGGAAGAAUCAAAAGAAGGCAACACAUCUCAGGAUAGUCCACCUCUGUGGAGCCCAUCAUCAGGAAGUGGCGGAGGAAAACGGAAAAGCACCUUGGAACUACUUGACAAGGAGAGGCCACAGAAGCUUGCGAGAGAGAAUGCGCACUCACCUUCUGAUCAGUGCCACGGGUUUGGAAUCAUGAUGGAGCAUAGUGUACGCGAGAUUCCCGAGGGCCCCAACAGAGACCUUGCUAUGCUUCUUGCCCACCAAGCUUUAGUGAAGUUCAAGCUUUUCCUCAACGACGAGGGCACCGAAGUGAUGGAACAAACGCUCGACGAGUUCUUCAGAAAGUAGACCUAAAGGGGCUCGGUUACAUGUAAUGUAACAAGGAGUGCAUUGUUUUAAAUGUCGGAAACAGGGUAAAAUGCAUUGUU